AGGAUCCAGUAGAGUGAGGGCAGGGUCAAAGGUACCCAGAGAAGAGUCCUUGGUAACCAUUUGCAUUUAGAGAAGCAGAUGAACAGGGAAAGGGCCUCAGGACACUGUGCUCAGCCUAGGCACGGUGGUCAGCAUCCGGUGGCAGGAAAGGAGCAAGCCAUGGGCCUUUCAGAGGAGAGAGACCGAGGCUGUUUGGCGGGAGGCGGGGUCUUUGAGCAGGCGGUGAAGAAUGAGUAAGGUUUGAAUGUGCAGCUACAGCAAAUAGUUUUUGAGAGCCUGUUCUGUGCCAAGCUGUGGGCCGGGCACUUGGGAUUUGGCAGUGAACUGGACAGACACAGUUGCUACCCAUUUAGAGCUCUUACAGCUGAGUGGGAGUCCACAGUCUAGCCCUGAAAUGUACCCAUAGAUUUAAUUACGGUGGGAGCCCAGAGAGUGUGUCGGGGACAGACUGCCAGACUGCCGUGGUCUGGGACCCCUGCUGAGGGUGACUUCAGCUGUGGCCUGAAGGAAGAGGGAGGCAAGGGGCGGGAGUGUUCCUGCAGAAGAAAGGCAAGGGCACAGCCCCCAGGAUUUUAGUUCCCCGACCAGGGAUUGAACCCAGGCCCUCAGCAGUGAGAGUGCAGAGUCCUAACCACUGGACCAGCAGGGAAUUUCCACGUUUUGCUAUACUGAAGAGUGCCUUCUCUCUGUCCUAUUCUGUAAGGACAAUAAAUAUCUAACUUCCUUCCACCUGCAAUUUCCUUAAGUCAACAGAGUGCAGAAUGGGCCACCGGGGCCUAGUCAUGGCGGAACCACAGAGAGAAGAGGGAUGGAAGGAGAGUCUGUCACAAACCUCUGAAGCUGCGGCAAUCCAUGCUGGUGCACCAGGAGGGGACAGAGGCCAGAGACCCCUCUUAGGCUGGUCUGUGUGUCGUCCAUCCUUCAGCCCUCCGUCGCAUGUCACAGCUGCCACCAGAGUCUCAGGAAUCAUGUGGCCUUUGAAGUCUGUGGCCAGCUCCAACCCUGGACUCUCUUCCCAGUUCCCCCAGCCCCAUGGCCUCCAAAGAUGCAAGUUCAUGGCCUUCAUUUUUCCUUUGUGCCAACAGCCAGGACAUCACCAAAAUGAUAACCACAGGAAAGUUACAGUGUCCUAGAAGGAUCUUAUAUUCAUGAUCCUCUUCUGCGUUCCCUCAUUCCCUGGUCUAAACAGAGUCAGACACCAGGCCCUGCCCUUUCUUUUUGCCUCAACACUUCUCAGAAGUCAGAGGUCCAAAAUUCACCCGGGUAACAGAGCACCGGGAAGUUAUGGGUUCCCUAAGGAAACCAGUGAUCACUGAUGUUUCUAAUUCCAUCACAGGAAAGGAGGAUCAGGACCCAAUCCUAGAUGAGGUACAGGAAGCUCAGUGGUUAGUGCACAGGCUGUGGGUUGUGCAAACCUUGGAUUGAAUUCCACCUCCAACACUUACUAAUUGUAUGACUUUGGGAAAGUCACUCCAUUUCUCAGAGUCUCAGUGCUCUGGACUGAAUUGUGUCUCCCUCCAAAUUCAUAUGUUGAAGCCCUAGCCCCCAGUGUGACUAUAUUUGGAGAUGGGGCCUUUAGGAAGGUAAUUAAGGUUAAAUGAAGUCAUAAGGGUGGGGCCCUGAUUCAAUAGGACUGGUGUCCUUAUUAGAAGAGAUCAGAAAUCUCUCUCUCUCCAGAAUUCUCUCUCUCCCUGCAUGCACAGAAGAAAGGCCAUAUGAGGACACAGCAAGAUGCUGACCAUCUGCAAGCCAGCAAGAGAGCUCUCGCCAGAAACCAGCCCUGACAGCACCUUGAUUUUGGACUUCUAGCCUCCAGAGCAGUGAGAGAAUAAAUUUCUGUUGUUUAAGCCACCCAGCCUGUGGUGCUCUGUGAUGGCAGCCCGAGCUGACUAAUACACUCAUUCUCCUCAUCUGCAAAGCAGGGAUAAAAUUAGGACCUGCAUCAUGAAGCUAUUGUGAGAAUCCAGUGAGGAAAUUCAUGUGUAAUGCCUGCCUGUUUAACUUUCCUACAGCACCUUCGGCACCUGGAACAGUGCCUGGGGUAUAGUGGAUAUUCAGUAGCUACCUACUGAAUGAAUAACUACAUCCACCAAGAAAGGAAGCUGUCAAACUAAAUAUAAGUGUGUAUUUCUGAGCUUUUCACUAACCUCCAUCUCCUUGAUCAUUGAUCAUCACUCACCAGCAAAUGACAGCAGGCACAAAGGAUCUAAGAGAAGUGUCUGCAGGGAUGGUCUCCUGGUUUUAAUUGGAUCUGCCAUUAAUACCCUGUCUUCUGUGAACUGGACAAGCUCAGCAGGAGCAAGGCCAGGUGAGUCCUUGGGCUCCUCUCUUUCCUCUGCCCUCCUCUCUUGUUUCCACCUCGCUGUCCCUUUCCUGGGCACAGGCAUCCUUAGAGCGGUGCUGGUUCCGCCUGGGCCUUCCAUGCCCAGUGAGACCAUUCAUGCACCUCCACCCCCUGGGAACCCUAGGGCUCCCCCACUGCCAGCUUCCCACAGGCACUAGCUCUGCCCCCAGACUCUUCCUCCUGCUGCCCUGGUCCCAGGCUGCCGUCACACAACUCCAGGGGACGCCAUUCAUACCGUCAUGGAUGUGAAUGUCCCAGGGUUGUGCAUGGUCUGGCUGACACAAACUCAGGGCCCCUUGGGCAGAGCUGACUGGAGUCUGAUUGCAGGUUAGGGCCACCCCUUCCACCCCCAAGAUGUGCAGGUAAGUGACCAACCCCCAGAUGCGUAGGAGCCCCUGCAAGUUGAGUCUCCCCUGAGGCCUCUGGACACCUCCUGCCCAUUAUAGUCCAGUGCUGCUAAGUCACUGGGGCCUAGCUCUUCCAUCUGUCUUGGUCAGAAUUACGGAUGCAUGGGGUAGGGGACUGGCAUAGGUGGAACAGGCUGUGAGACCCCCUUAUCUCCAAAACGCCUCACUGGUCUUGCUGCAGUGUUGGAAAGGCCCAUCAUGAAUGGUUCCUUUGAGGCCACUGUAAGAGUGCAGAUGGGUUAUGAUAUUUUGGAGAGAGAGUAAGUCAUUGGGCUAGAGAGGGACUGGGCCACGAGGAGAUGAGGACAGUCUCACCAGUCUCCCAUCCAGACUCCCCAGCUUGGAGAAAAGAUGACCCCUGCCCAUCUCCUCUGUCUGCCCCAGGGACCUGGAGACGCAGGCAUCCCCUCCCAGAAGCCCAGGAGGAGGAGGAAGAAGAGGAGGAUAAAUAUGAGCUGCCCCCCUGUGAGGCUCUGCUCCGCCACCUAGCCCCUGCCCACCUUCCUGGCACCGAGGAGGACUCUUUGUACUUGGGUCACUCUGGCCCCCUGGGCCCUCCCAUGUCACCACCACCACCGCCACCACCGCCACCGCAGCCCCAGCCCGAGGUGAUGAACAGCCUCCCCACCUGCCCCACCCCAGGCUACCAUUUCCCACCCAAGGCAGCGUGGAGCCCGCCGGAGGCCACAAAGCAGAGCUGGCCCUUUGGGAGGCGAGAGCUGGGUGCACCAGACCGGGCGGUGCCGGGCCCAGCAAAGAAGCCCGAGGAGGACAUAUACCUAGAUUGUGAGCCCGGUCCAGCCCCGGCCUUGCCUCAGACUCUGAGCUCCCCAGUCCUGAGGCCCCCAGUCCCUCUACCAAGGACAUCAGUGGGGCCCAGGCCCACCACGGCCCCCCAGGAAGCUCGGAAUGGAGCGUCGAAUGCCACCUCUAAAGGAAGGAGAGCCUCUCUUUGCUCUGUAGCUGCCACCCAGAAUGCCCCAGCUGCCGAGGAAGGUGAUCUGCUGGGCCAGCCUUGGUACUCAGGGAACUGUGACCGCCACGCUGUUGAGAGUGCCCUGCUCCGAUGCCAAAAGGACGGGGCCUACACCGUGCGCCCCAGCUCAGGCCCUCGUGGUUCUCAGCCCUUCACCCUGGCAGUACUUCUCCACGGCCGGGUCUUCAACAUUCCCAUCCGCCGGCUGGAUGGAGGGCGCCACUACGCCCUGGGCCGGGAAGGCAGGAACCACGAGGAGCUCUUCUCCUCCGUGGCCGCCAUGGUCCAGCACUACCUGCAGCACCCCCUACCGCUCGUGGACAGACACAGCGGCAGCCGGCAGCUCACCUGCCUGCUCUUCCCCACCAAGCCCUGACGCCACAGCGCACGUGCACCCCGGCCUCCGGUUCCACAGUUUGCUCCUUGGGCUGUCUCCCUCUCCUCUCCCAGGUCUCCACCCCUCCAGCCCCCGCUCCCCCAUCCCAUGCCCCAGUCCCUGCAGGCCUCCCGGAGAGGCAUGGGGAAGGGUCGCCCAGAGACAGAAAGGGUCCCUAAGAUCCCACCCCAUGCUCACCCAGAGCCUGGCACUGCCACUCCCUGCUGCACCUCCAAGACUGGGAAGCAGCGGACAGGCAGGGCCUCCAUUCCUGGCCCCCAGACAUGGCCUCCCAAGCUGCUCUGAAUGAAGGCCUCCUCUGGGAAGCUGAGCCUCAGGGGGAUAGUAAGGGCACUGCUUCUACACAAAGAGAAUCCUCUCACAUUUUGGAGGAGGCUUAACACGGGCAGGCAUCUGGAAGGAAUUUG